CGGUGGCCUGCAGGAUAAGCUGCAGAAUGACCUACAGAAGGGCAGCGAGGCCCGUCUCAGGGAUAUAUCCGGGAGCCCGGGUCUGGAUGACUGGUUCAGGGGGUGGCCAAGCAGGUCCGCCCCGUUGGAGAGUCAGGAAUCCGACGGUCUGAAUACUCACUGUACGGUGUAUGCACGCCAAAGUACGGAUGACCACCAGGUCGACGGCGGGCAGAGGACCAGAGUCUCUUUCAACGGUGGGCAGCCAAGUGGCCAAUCAACUAACACCAUCGGCCCUGCCCAAGUGGGGGCUCUCAAAGCAGGCUGUGCCUGUGCGAGGAAGACCCUUGACAUGCGGUCCACGUCGUGGCCCAACUGUGGCAUGAGCUGCUGGGCCUGUGAGCCUGCUGAGAAGGCAUUGACGACCAAGACGUCACCCCCCUCGCCUUCCAUCAUCAUACCUUCCAAAAUGACUGCCGCCCAGGGCCCUAGUCCCGGCGGGCCACGUCAACUUGCGCCCGGCCCAAGACUUGCCUCGAGGUUCCUCCCAGCGACUCAGCCGCAUGCACGUCUUCUGUUCUGCUUCUCGGCUCUGCGGGCACACACAUAGCAUACUUUCUCAACUUCCUUGAAACUCAGGACCUUUUUCGCUCGCAGGGAUUUUCACUCUCUCACAUAAUCCUUCAUCCUGCUGUUGCGGUGCACAGUCGUCGUUCGCUCAUCCCUCCUCAUCCGGGGUCAGCGUGCAGAGAUCAAUUAUCAACAGCAUUAACAACCAGUCCCGCCCGCGAUAGAUUCACUGCACGGUCUGUGUUCGUUCCUGCGUUUUGUCCCCCCAUUCAACCCUCUUUGUCUGGGCGGCCACUCGACGAUGGACACAACCAACGGCCAGAACAACAAUGGGACAACCAUCAACAACAGCCCCUCCGGCAGCAGCAGCAAGCCACCCCCCUGGGUCUGGGUCCUCGUCGCCCUCGCCUCGGCCCUGACGCUCGGAAUCCUGCUGUACGGCGGCUUGAUAUGCAUUAGGAAUCGGCGGUCCAAGAGGCACCAGCUAGGGGAUGGCCCAGCCGACGACAACAACGUCGCCACGAGGGGAGGUGGCCCGUCAUCACCACGCAGACCAUGGGACCGACGCCGCCGCCGCAGCCGCUCACAACCAGGGGCGUCGCGCUGGCCCUGGGCCCACCCGUCCCAGCGGGCGUCGACGCAGUCGUCCGAGGGCCUCAACGAGCUCGGCGAGGCGCCGCCGCCGUACAACGAGGACGACCUUGAGCCGUGCCUCAACGUGAGCAUGGUCGAGGUCAACACGGGGCUGGGGCUCGGAGGGGGCCCGUCGAGGGUGGCGUCGCGGCAGGACCGCGGGUCGCGGUUGGACAUGGACUUGGAGUCACAGCAGCACGAGGUUCACCCUCAGCCGCCGACGUAUGAUUUUGCUGUCAACCUGGGGACUUCUGAGACUGCCACGGCUGCUUCUUCUUCUUCAUCUUCAUCCUCCUCGACUGUGCAGCCCCCGCCGCCGGCGAUAGUGGUUUCGGAAGACAGGAGUACAAGGGUGGAACAAGAUUGAAUUGAUGGAUCUCCUGGACGGCGCGGCUGCUUCUGACAUUGCUGGCAUCACAUGGGAUGCCUCGGCGUUUGGCUUUGGGACCCUUUCUUCGGACCUG